CUCUGCUGUUAUAACCUUGAUCUUUGGCUCAGUCAGCGGGUAUCCGCGUUUACGUCAUAUGUGGUGCGAGAGCCCGUUGCCAAUUCGUUUUAGUGGUGAGCACUUCGGCUCAUUAUCAUUGGACUCGGCUCAUUACUGUGUGUGUGUGUGUCUGUGUCCAUAAAGUACGACAACUUUUAACAAAAUCUAACUUAUUGAAAACGGGCUAGCGUUGUUCACCUGAAAUAACCGAUUCAAAGAACCGACUCGUUAGUAAACGAUACAGAAGAAGUAACCAAUCGCGCGGACGCGGUGCCUUCAGUUCUCAACAGGCGGGCUAGCGGCUCAAGUGUAGACGUGAGAUCAGCUUUUCCUUAACUCCGACUUUUGUUAGACACACGUUUCCUCAAGAAAGAAGCCGCUACCACAGAAGCAGACUUAUACAUCGAAGAACCCAGUUUUUGGGCUACAAAUGUGACCGGUGUACUAGAAAUUCGGAGUUAGUUGUUAGCGAGCUAGCUGUGUUGCUAUGUGUUCCUCUUUAUCAGGGAACACCACCCUCUCCUGACCAGCGUACAGUCGUUACAUUAAAGACUGUUUUAGUUUCAUUAUGGCGACUUUGUUUAAACAGUUCGUCUGUCUUUGUAGAUACUUACAGGAUCCGUGUCAUGUUGCCAGAUUCCAGCACCUGUGCGGAGUUAAAGGGACAUUUCCUCGCAAAUCAGCCGGGACGGAGGAGAGUGGACGAGACGUGUCUCCUAACGGUGCAUGUAUGGACCAUGGUGAUGGAGAGGAUAGGGACCUGGAAAUGAAACGCACUUUGGUUAGAAGAGGUUUAAUCGGUUCCUCGAAUGACCCAACAGAGAUGAAUAGUGGAUCUAAAACGUCCCAUGUUGAUAACAAGGACGUUCCUAUCAGCAGUGGUGUGGGUGAGAAAGGAGACUUAAAAGGAAGAGUGAAACCCCUUCGUAAGAACUCUCUUACUGAUGAUGAUGUUGAGCAAGAGUUCAUCAUCGAGAACAAGUUCCUCUUCUACCUGUUCACAAUGGGCACCGAGCUGGGCAAUGAGAUGUUCUUUAUCAUGUUCUUCCCAUUCCUAAUGUGGAAUGUGGAUGCCUUUGUUACCCGGAGUGUGAUCGUGGUGUGGGUCUGGAUCCUGUUUUUCGGACAGUCCACCAAAGACCUCGUGGGAUGGACUCGUCCUGCUUCUCCACCCGUGGUCAAAGUGGAGGUCUUCUACAACUUUGAAUACAGCAUGCCCUCUGUGCACGCAAUGACCGGAACAUCAGUUCCUUUCUGCCUUUUCAUGCUCACUUACAAUAGAUGGGAGUACCCCUUCCUGUUAGGACUGAGCAUGGCUGUUUCUUGGAGUUUCCUGGUAUGCAUUAGCAGAAUCUACAUGGGAAUGCAUUCUGUCUUGGAGGUGAUUACAGGCUCCCUGUACAGCUUGCUGAUCCUGGCUGCUUUCCUUCCCGUGCUGGAGGGUAUUGACACAUUCUACUUGACAAGCAGCUUAGCUCCAGCUGCCAUAGUGCUGCUGCAUUUGGGCCUGGCUGUACUCGCCUUUUCUUUGGACUCAUGGAGCACGUCUAGAGCUGACACUGCUCAGGCGUUGGCCACUGGCAGCGGUGGUGCGCUGGCAUCCCAUCUCAACCAUCGUCUGGGCCUGCAGCUUGAUCUGCCCGCUUCCUCACUGCCGCUGAAAAUGCCUUCCAUUACCAGAGGGCUGCUUGGCAAUGUAGUCCUGCGAAUGCUGGUUGGCGUGGCAGUGCUGCUCACCGUGCGAGCAGUUAUGAAGGCUAUUGCUAUCCCGCUGGCAUGCCAGCUGUUUGGUGUGCCCUCCGACGAUGUGCGUAAAGCACGGCAGAACCCGCGCGUGGAGCUAACCUACCGCUUCAUGGUGUAUGGCACAAUGGCUUUCUGCUGUGUCUUUCUAGUGCCGCUGCUCUUCCACUGUCUGGAUCUGUCGUGAGAAAUAGGUUGGGUUUCUGUUGUAGCCAAAUUUACAGUAUUUGUUUUAAGCCACAUGCUGGCAACACCCAGGGCCAAUGGACUUUUCUGGAAACCAGCUUUUAUUUUGAAAAUAAGCUAACUAUGAAGUAUUAACUGAAAUGAUGUAGUUAGACACAAUGUAACCACUAAACUGUAAAUUCUAUCAAAUUGUUUCUAGAAAUUUGGCUUUUAUUUUCCAAACAAUUUGCUGGAGUUUUUGGUUAAUUUUAUU